AUGACCGAAGAAGUUGAAACGGUAGAUUUGACACCACAAACAAAAAGUUCAGAACCAUUGUCAAAACCUGUCAAAGAACUUACAGAUGAAGAGAAAAAUUCAAUAAUAGAAAGUGCCAGGUCUGGAAAUACAAACCCUAACUAUAAAGUCACUUUUCAUAGAAAUGGAACGGCUAGUAUCUCAAAAAAGAAACAGACCCUCACAAAUAAAAUAUUGAAGUCUGAAGGAGCUUUCGAGACAACAGAUGGAAAAGUUUACUUCACUGACCAACAGUUCAUUAUAGAACAUCUCAUUGACUUAGAGUCGAAAUAUUCUAAACUUUACAACAAACACAAAAAAGUUGAAAGGAAAACAAAAACAAA